AUGAGCACCAAAGCGCACAAUCGGAGCAAAUUUAUGCGAUUCGUUACACUACCCAUCAGAGCUCUUGGCAAGGCCAAGGAUUUGUAUGUACGAAGCAUCAUGGAUUGUGCUCCGAGAGUUAGCCAUGGCUACCCAUCUGGCCAAAUGCCCGUCUUGCCCAAAAGUUACAGCUCGCGAUCCUGCAGAUCCAAUGAAACCGAUGAUUUCAGAGAGCUUGUUAAGGCCGCUUCUGUUAGGAGUAUGGACAUUAAAGAUGUCGACGCCGAUGUUGUUUAUCCACAGAGGGUGAGACAGUCCACAGGGCUGCCUAAGAGUUGCAGCGUUGGAAUGGGUAGGAUUGAUGAAGAUAGUGCUUGCGAGUUUGAAGGUGGCGUGGAGGAGAAGGGUGAUUUGGUUUAUCCAAGGAGUAGAAGCUACGCUGUGACGAGUACAAAAUCUGGGGCUUGA